CUUACUCACUUGAAUUUAAGUUGCAAUAAAAUCCCAAAAAUUCCAGAUUUAUCGCCAUUUUUUGAUUUAAAAGUUUUAAACUUAUCUAAUAAUAAAAUCAAAAAAAUUUCUGGUUUAACUGAAUUAUAUCACUUACAAGCUUUGAGUUUGUCAGAUAAUAGGAUUUUCAAAACACAAAACUUGCAUUAUUUAUUCAGAUUAAAAUCAUUAAAUCUUUCAUAUAACAAGAUCAAAACAAUUGAAGGGUUAGAUGAUAUAGAGACCUUGAAAAUAUUCAAUCUCUCAUUCAAUAGUAUCACUAAAGUUGCUGGUCUAUCAGUUUUAUGUUCCAUAGAAAAACUGGAUCUUAAAGGCAAUUUUAUCAACAGUUUAUCGGACCUUCCAGCCUCAAAUUAUUUAAUUAAUGUAAACUUAUCGAGAAAUAGAAUCACUGGUACUGCUGCUUUAUCAGAUUUGCAUGGUGUAAGAAUUCUAAACUUAUCAAAUAACAAUCUUUUGAAAUUUGAUAAUAUAUCUAACUUAACUGAAUUAGAGCAGUUAGAUAUAUCAUUCAACCUUGCAAUAGGAUUGAAUGAUAUAUCAAUGCUAGUAAAAUUACAUACAUUGAAA